AUGGAGCUCAAUCAUAAGCCAACUACUGUGGACUAUGACAACCAUGUUGGGAAUACAGAAGAUAAGCAAUUGGAAGAUGCAGAAAAAUACCAAAAACUUAUAGGAAAGCUGUUUUAUUUGACCAUUACAAGGCCAGAUAUAAGCUUUGGUGUGCAAGUAUUGAGUCAAUUUAUGCAGAAUCAUAAACAAUCACACUUAGAUGCAGCCUUAAGAGUGGUGAGAUAUAUCAAGGUAUCCCCAGGCUUGGAUUUACUGCUGAAGAAAGGAGAACCAAACAAUCUGACAAUGUUUUGUGACUCAGACUGGGCAGCAUGCCCAAAUACUAGGAGAUCAACUACGGAAUACAUUGUCAAACCAGGAGACUCUCCGUUGUCCUGGAAGUCUAAGAAGCAACAAACAAUCAGCAGAAGCUCAGUAGAAGCAGAAUAUAGGAGCACGGUUGCAGCAGUUGUAGUGACAAUUUGGAUGCGAACCAAACAUAUAGAAAUUGAUUGUCAUUUUGUGAGGGAAAGGAUCAAGACAAGACUGAUAACCACUGAGUAUGUGUCCACCAAGCAACAACUAGCAGAUUUGAUGAUCAAAGGUUUGGGAGCUGCACAACAUCAUCUAUUACUGUCUAAGCUGGGAGUGUUAGAUGUCUUCCACUCUCCAACUUGA